GAGCACGUGGUUCUCGAUGUUCGCGAUCGGAAAAUCGUGUUUUUGAAACUAUUUCUGGUUUCGCCGGUUCCACUGUCAAUCAACGUUUCUUCCUUUCGUUCCAUUUCUCUUCGAUUCUCUCCUUUUCUAUUGGUAAACACGUGUCAUCGAGUAUCGUGUUCGUCUUCGCUAAGCAAGCUUCUAUAUCAGUGGUACGCGAGCCGGUUUCCCCUUCAUAUUUGUGCAAGACUUCGUGAACAUCGGACGCUUUUCUCCUCUCUUUUCGAAUAAGAAAAUCCUGUCGUUGUUUAACUAACAAUUCCAUUUCUUUAAAUGGAAAAGUCAUCGUGUCUCUAUUAUAUUCUUAAUUAGCCAGAGAAUUUAGGUUUAUUGCCGUGGAAACUUGAUCGGUCGUUUACGUAAGGAUCUACGAUUUUGUUUCAUCUUCGAGGAAAAUUUCACCGAAUACAAUCAUUUCACUCAUUGAUUGGAUCAGUCGAAAAGGAGAUUCGUUGACUGCCUGUAUAAAUAUUGAUCAUAGUGUCUCUUGAAGGGAAACUGUGCCAAUCUUGUUGAUUUAACUACUGAUUCUACUUCAUCUUCGAGAAAAACUACUUACUUUGAUUGUGUGUUUGACCAUUGAUUUUAGCGUUUCUUUGAGGGAAACAGCGUUGAUCGGUCCAGUCUGCUUUUUUCUCAAGGAGCAGCAACGAAGAUGCUACAAUAACGGAAAAAUUCUUCGGUUAUCUCCACAAAGAACACGAAGGAUAUUAGUGUAUCGAGACAUUUUGUUCGCUGGAAGUUAGUCAACGACGAUUGGAAUGGAAAGAUACGUUUGACAUGAUUUAGUGUGACGUCGAGAGAGAAAGAUGGCUCGAUCGAGGGUGCCUUUAAUUGCUAAUUUCGUAACUUGCUGUUAAUCGGCCUGACAGUGGAUGUGGUUGGUAGUGCCUGAUUAAUCGUGAUCGAUAUUUCCAACGAAGAGCAAAGAGAAGCGAUCAGUUUGGAGUUUCAUUUUGACGUCGUGAGACUAUCGUGAAUUAGACAUCGAAGAAUCGUUUGGUGAUAGCGAAAUGAAGGACGAGAAGAGUAGCUCUAUAUCGCCCACUGAAACGACUCGAUUGAGACCAAGAUUGGAAAGUUUCGAUGAUGUUCUGCCGUAUGUCGGCGACUACGGAAGAUAUCAAUGGCUGUUGUUAUUGUCGUUACUACCCUAUGGCGCGACGUACGCGUUUCUGUAUUUCUCGCAAUUUUUCAUUACGAUUAUUCCCACGGAACACUGGUGUAGGAUAGACGAAUUAGUAAACUCGAAUUUCACCGAAGAAGAGAGGAUCAAAAUAGCGAUUCCAGCGACGAAUGUUUAUCCUUAUUACGAACAAUGUCAGCGGAAGGACCUAAACUUCACGGAGCUGUUGAAGAGCGGCAAGAGUCUGAGCUCGUUGGACUUCCAAACAAACGAAACGAUAAAAUGUACUCAAUGGGAGUACAAUUUCACGCAGAUUCCAUAUCCUAGUAUAGGAACUGAGCUAGAUUGGGUAUGCGACCGAGAAUACCUCGUAUCAACGGCGCAGGCCAUCUUCUUUUGCGGGUCCAUCAUCGGUGGUUUCCUAGUCGGUUGGAUCGCCGAUCACAAGGGUCGUAUCCCAGCUUUGAUGUUCUGCAACGGUGUCGCCCUUUUUGCCUCCAUUUUCACUGCCAGUGCAAAUAGUUUUUGGUCAUUCGCCGUCUGUAGGUUCCUCACCGGACUGGCGUUCGAUAACUGUAUCAACAUUCCUCUGAUUAUCGUGCUCGAAUAUAUGGCUGUUUCGAAACGAACGUUGGUCGUGAACAUCGCCUUUGGCGUAUACUUCGCAGUGGCCAGUACAAUUUUACCAUGGAUAGCUUACUAUAUCGCGAACUGGAGAUAUUUCACUUACGUUACUGCCAUACCGCUGUUAUCCGUUGCUAUCACACCGUGGAUUCUUCCUGAGAGCGCCCGGUGGUACGUUUCCAAUGGGAUGAUGGACAAGGUUGUCGAGAAACUACGGAGAAUAGCUAGGAUCAAUCGUAGAAAUCCAGACUCGCGUAUUUACGAUAUAUUCGUCAGUAACAUGGAGGCAUCGGACAAAAUUCAAGAAUCAGCGACGCUGCUCGAUCUGUUCAAAACGCCACGGUUGGCGAGAAACACUAUUCUUCUAGUUGCAUUCUGGUGUUUCACCGUGAUCUCGUUCGACGGCCACGUGUAUUCGUUAAAAUUUAUCCAGAGCUCGGUGUUCGUGUCGUUCUCGAUCGCCUGUGCCACAGAACUUCCAGCUGGGUUAUUGCUCGCCCUGUUGCUCGACCGAUGGGGUCGUAGACUCUGCGGAUUUCUCACUCUGGCAAUGACCUGUGUACUCAGUAUCGCUGAACUUAUGCUGCAUUCCAUGCUCGCGAAAUUAGUAAUGUCAGUAUUGUCGCGAUUCUGUCUGAACAUGGCAGCCAAUGUUGGUCUUCAGUAUGCAGCAGAACUUCUGCCCACGCCAGUCAGAUCGCAGGGCGUAUCUUUCAUUCAUAUUUUCGGAAUAGUUGCACACUCUUUGGCACCAUAUAUCACCGAUUCGGCUGCAAUUUGGGAGGGAUUUCCAAUGCUGAUUAUCAGCACGGUGUCCUUUUUUGGCGCCGCACUGGUUUUGUUCCUGCCGGAAACUGUCGGCCAGAAUCUUCCUCAGACCAUCAAGCAAGGCGAAGAAUUCGGAAGGGACCAACAUUUCUGGUCGUUGCCUUGCUACCAUAAGACACACUUCAAUAGACAUCAACACUAUCACUCCUGUGAACGAUAAUUAUCUGAUUUUUAAUAAUAAUUCAAUUAAAAAGCACGAAGGAGGAUUCGUGUUUUUUUAGAAGUAAUAAAAGUCUAAGAAUCUGUAAGCCUUAAUUCUAAAAAGGGCGAGCCUAGAAAUCGUGUUCCUAUAUAAUUGUUAUUAUUAUCUUUUAAGAGCUUUUAUAAUUUUAAUGCUAAUUUUCACUUGCGAUAAUCGUUCAGCGGUUGGUGCUAAUUCGAUAAUCAAAGAUAUUACGUAGAAUAAUAUUGAAAAUGUUACGUAAAUUAUUAAUUAGAGAUAUUUAAAUUUUGUAUUCCUUUGAUGUUUUUAACAUUUUUUACUGGAAUAUACUGGAUAAAAUCUUAUUUAAGAAAAUUGUACAUUUAGAUAAUUUUUUUUGUGGAAAGAGAAAGUUUUAUAUCUUUUGAACGAUUAUCCACGUAUUGUUAACGAUUACUUACUUAACAUUUUUUACUUCGCUUUACUUCAAACUCUUGAAACUUGAAAAUAUGCUUCUGUUCGUUAUAUUUUUUAUACGAUUUUAAAUAAUACAAUAUUAAUAAAAUUCGAACUUGAAGACUUUUUAAAUUAUUGUUAUAAUUUCUUCAGCGCCAACUGCUGGACUUAUCUAUCUAAAACGAGUUGUGCGUAUGUUAAAAAAAAAAAAAAAAUAGCUCUAAUUGAUUGUUUCUAUGGUUUAGGAAGAAGAAAAAAAGAAAGGAAAGAAUAUUGUAAGCAAAUCGUGCCAUCGUAUGACGAUCGGUGUUAGUCGUUAUGCCAAUAACAACGCAAUUAAUCUGAAGAAUACCUAUUCAUAGUAUUCAUAAUCAUCCUCUUACUUCACUCACGUAUGCACUCACGUAUACACUCACGUGCAUAGGAUUAAUUCAUCGAAUAAAACUUCCAUAAACCUUAA